AUGUCGAUGGGUCGUUCGGCUAAGCUCAUCCCCGCGGAGUUCAUGUAUUUGAGAAUUCCUCAACAGACCCCAAACAAAUCGCAUGUAGACAUCGAUCAUCACAGGAUGCCGUUGUUCAUCGCCAAUGACGAUGAAGAGUGGUCGACACUCGCAAAGCCGAAAAAAGACGCCCUCAUGCGUGGCAUACAAUACAUCACCGUCACGUUUCGGGCCAUCACAUCGUUGAUAGCGUUCGCGUUUUACGAAUUGACGCUGAGCCUGGGACUCGGUGUGUCUUUCCCAGACGUACCAUUCGGCGAGCAUCAGUCAGGCGUGAUGCAGCAGCCCUUGUCAUUUCUCGUUGCUCUGGCAAUGUAUGGUGUCAUUACGAGGCAGCUGGCAGUGUACAUGGGGCAGAAUUUCCACCCAUCUCGAAGAUCUCUUGAGUGGGCAAGCGCAGCCGUCAUUCGCUGGACGGUUCCCAUCGUCAUCCGGAUCGGGUCCUCGUACUGCGCCGGCAUCGCGUAUCACACACUCGCUGCGACAAUGGGGCGUGGGCUAUGUAUUCCUUUUGACGAGAUCCUGRUAUGGCCGCCGCAGCGCGGACCAUGGAUGGCCUCGCUGGCCGUGAUGUACGGGACAUCCUGUGUGGUUGGUCGCUUGGUCAAGGAGCUGCUGGUCUGGGCAUGUGAGCCCAGUGAGCUCAUCGUGGGGAACAAUGAGAAGGUGAAGCGUCGUGAUAAGAAAAGGACCAUGCGGGUGGGCGAUGGCGUGAUGUAG